CAUUUUUUUUCUUUCCCUUGAUUUGAUCUCUUCCUAGUCCUAGUUUAAAAGUUGGAGACUACCAUCUUUUUCCUUGUCUUCUCCUCCAGCCCGCUGGAGCGCGAAAGCUCCAUUUUCCCCAAUUUCCAUUACAACAAUCGGCAUGGCUCAGAAGCAACUGAUCGUCUCUGUGGAAGGCACUGCAGCCCUAGGUGCUUACUGGAAAACAAUCCUUUCAGAUUACUUGGAAAAGAUUGUCAGAACUUUUGCGGGUACCGAAUCAACUGGCCAGAAAACUUCUACAUCCAAUGUUGAGUUUAAUCUGGUUUCCUUCAGCACUCAUGGAUCUUAUUGUGGUUGCUUAGUGCAACGCAGUGCCUGGACAAAAGAUGUUGAUGUAUUCUUACAAUGGCUGUCAGCCUUACCUUUUUCUGGUGGUGGCUUCAGUGAUGCUGCAAUCGCAGAAGGGCUUUCUGAAGCACUUAUGAUGUUUCCUAUCAUUCCAAAUGGUAGUCAAAAUCAACAAAGUGUUGAUUUGCAAAGGCAUUGCAUUCUUGUCGCUGCUAGCAAUCCUUAUCCAUUGCCUACACCAGUCUAUCGACCACAAAUCCAAAACCUAGAACAGGGUGAGAAUAAUGAGGCACAAACAGAAAGUCGUUUAUCUGAUGCUGAAACUGUAGCUAAAUCAUUUCCUCAGUGUUCUGUCUCUUUAUCUGUCAUAUGUCCAAAGCAGCUUCCAAAACUUAGAUCAAUCUAUAAUGCGGGAAAGCGGAAUCCCAGAGCACCAGAUCCACCAAUUGACAAUGGUAGAAAUCCCCAUUUUCUUGUUCUAAUCUCAGAGAACUUUUUGGAGGCUCGCGCUGCUUUAAGUCGUCCUGGUACAAGUUUGGCUCCAAAUCAGAGUCCAAUGAAGAUGGAUGUAGCUUCUGUGACCUCAGCUGCAGCAGGGCCACCUCCAACUUCCAUUCCACCAGUGAAUGGAUCUAUCAUGAACCGUCAACCAGUUUCUGCUGGAAAUGUUCCUACUGCUACUGUUAAAGUUGAACCAACAACUGUGACUUCCAUGGUUGGUGCAUCUGCUUUUCCACAUAUUCCAUCUGUUCCACGUGCCCCCUCUCAGGCAGUUCCAAGCUUACAAACAUCUUCACCAUCGACUACUUCUCAAGAGAUGAUCACUAGUGGUGAUAAUGUCCAAGAAGUAAAACCUACUGUCAGUGGUGUGCCACAGCCCUUGCGUCCUGUGCCUCCAGCUGCAGCAAAUGUGAACAUACUAAACAAUCUUUCUCAGGCACGGGUGAUGAAUUCUGCUGCCCUUACUGGCGGAUCUUCUAUUGGACUUCAAUCAAUGGGUCAAACUCCAGUGGCCAUGCAUAUGUCCAAUAUGAUAUCCAGUGGGAUGGCCUCUUCAGUGCCUGCCACUCAAAAUGCAUUUUCAUCUGGGCAAGCUGGUAUUAAUUCAAUUGCUGGUUCUGGAACUCUUACAGGGACUUCACAGGUCCCACAAAAUGCAGGUCUUAGUUCAUUUCCUUCUGCAACAUCUAAUGUGUCUGGAAAUUCAAAUCCUGGGAUUUCACAACCUAUGGGUACUAUUCAAGGAGGUGUCAGUAUGAGUCAAUCUGUACCUGGCAUGAGCCAAGGAAAUCAUUCAGGAGGCCAAAUAGUGCAAAAUGGAAUGGGAAUGAGUCAGAAUAUGAUAAGUGGUCUUGGUCCAUCAGCUGUCUCUUCUGGAUCUGGCACCAUGAUUCCUACUCCAGGGAUGCCUCAACCAGUACAAUCUGGAAUGCAGUCACUUGGUGUGAACAAUAGUUCGGCAGCGAGCAUGCCAUUAUCACAGCAGCAGCAAACAGCAGCACAAUCCAAAUAUGUUAAAGUCUGGGAGGGAAAUUUAUCUGGACAGAGACAAGGGCAGCCUGUGUUUAUCACCAAACUAGAAGGCUAUAGAAGUGCUUCAGCAUCUGAAACACUGGCAGCCAAUUGGCCACCAACCAUGCAAAUAGUCCGCCUUAUAUCUCAAGACCACAUGAAUAACAAGCAGUAUGUUGGAAAGGCAGACUUUCUAGUUUUUCGGGCAAUGAAUCAGCAUGGUUUUCUUGGUCAGCUACAAGAAAAGAAGCUUUGUGCAGUUAUUCAACUACCAUCCCAGACAUUGCUGCUUUCGGUUUCUGACAAAGCCUGUCGCUUGAUAGGAAUGCUUUUCCCAGGGGAUAUGGUUGUGUUUAAACCCCAAUUGUCUAGCCAUCAGCAACAGCAGCAACAAAUGCAACAGCAGCAGCAAAUGCAACAGCAGCAACAAAUGCAACAGCAGCAACACCAGCAACACCAGCAGCUGCAACAGCAGCAGCACUCACAGCUACAGCAGCAACAGCUUCCGCAGCUGCAACAACAGCUUCCGCAGCUGCAACAACAGCAGCCACAACAACUUCCACAGAUGCAACAACAGCAGCAGCUCUCACAGCUACAACAACAGCAGCAGCUCUCACAGCUACAACAACAGCAGCACCAGCAGCUUCCACAGCUGCAGCAGCAGCACCAGCAGCUCCCACUCCAACAGCAACAGCUCUCACAGCUGCAACAACAGCAAAUGCCACAGCUGCAGCAACAACAGCAACAACUCCCACAACUGCAGCAACAGCAGCAGCUCCCACAGUUGCAGCAACAGCAACAAUUACCACAAUUACAGCAACAGCAGCAGCUCCCACAAUUGUCCGUUGAUAUGGUAGUAGGGAUGCUAAUGGGGUCUCGCGGGGUUGGAGAGUCCCUCUCCGUCUCCAUCCCUGUUCCUGUCCCUGUCAUUCACAGGAAUGAGGAUUCCUGCGGAGAUUUUUUACGGAGUAAAUUUUGCCCCACAUCUCCAUUUUCUGCCAAUUAAUACUAAAGUAUAUAUUUUUUGCAUCAAACAUAAAUAAAAAUUGAUUUACAUA